CCCACACAGAUGUGGGACGGGGAAAAGAUGGCGGCGGCCGUGGUGCAGAUGUCGUGUUUGUACCGCGGGAUGAUGGCGGUCAGGAGCCCCGGAAUCCGCCCGCUGAUCCCCGGACUCGUGCCGUCUCACUUCAGGGCCUUUUCGAUGAAGAAAGAGCCCGAGCUGGAGGAAAAUCCAUAUUACAGCAAAUACGAGGAGAAGAUCCGUAAAUUGCGGAGCUCAAAACCUCAAGAAUAUGAAGCCCGGUUGGAGAAGCGCUCUGAGCUGAAGACGGAGCCGCUCGGACGCUCCAGGCAAGCAGAGUUUGUCAAAUACAUGGAGAAAGAGUUGGACAAACGUGGUAAAGAUGGUGAUGGAGGUUUCACUAAAGACAAGACAUUAGGCUCUAUCCUCAAUCUUGAAAUGGUUCAGCAGAAAUCUGGAGCUGAAAUUACAGAACUUUGGAUGCAGUACUUCUCAAAGAAAGACACGAUCAGUGCUGUCAUACCAAGUUCAACGUUUGACUUUAUUUUUGGUCGAGCCAAGUCAUGUCCAACGUUUCUGUACGCUCUGCCCCAGAAUGAGGGUUAUGAGUUUUUUGUGGGCCAGUGGUCUGGUAAUCAGCUGCACUUCACAUCUUUAAUCAAUGUUCAGACUAUGGGAGAAAAUGCGCCCAGUCAGCUUAUUUUAUACCACUACACAGACCUGCAGAAGGACAAAGAUAUAGUUUUGAUGACCGCUGAGAUGGACAGCAAAUUUGUGACGGUCCACCAGGCACAGUGUUUGGCCAAUCAGGUGCAGCUGUUUUACGGAUCGCAGAGGCUUGAAACUUUCCGAUUGGUCGAGACCUUCAACCACAAACCGGAAGAGUUUAAACACAUGGCUGUGAUCGCAGAACUAGAACAGAGUGGAAUUGGACCGGCGGUCACUACGAAGUAAUCAUCAAAAGACACUAAAUAUGAAUUUUGUCUAAUGUGGAACAUCACCUUUGGACAGAAACAGUCUGGUGAGAGUCUUGGCAGCCGCAUAAAAAUAAUAUAAUAUGUGUUUCAGUAGAUAUGAGUUAAACAAACAUUCGCGCGACAUGAUUAUCUGCUACUGUGUAUGCAGAUUCUGUGUAUUGUUUCUCAUUUGACUCCUGAUGAAUAUCACGAUUAAAAAAAAAUAGAAAACGUUAAAAAUUACAGUGCAAUACAUUGUUGCCUGCAGUUCUAUUAAUGGCCACUGGUGUCGCUAUUAACAAGUGUCUGAAUUCUAAAUGUAGUUCUGCUAAAAACAAUAUACCGGUUAUCAAUAAAAAAAGUGUAAUUAAAA